AAUCCAGAGAAACUGGUCACGGGGUGGCCUCGGGGACUGAAACCCCUCCCUCUGUCUCCACCCCUCCUCCUCAGUACUAUAACUGCAGCACCUGUUGCUUCCGAACCUGAUUGCAACUUGCAGCCCAGGGAUAGAGCUGUCUGGGCAAAGAGCAUCUUUGUGUCUCUGAGUCUUACCAAAGAGAAGCUUUCUCAGACCUCCAACUUUUGUACAUUCCCGAGAAGGAUCCUCUUUCUGGCUUCACCGACCUUGACUCUGGCAAGGUGAUGGCGUCCAUGGGCCUACAAGUGUUGGGGAUCUCUCUGGCUGUCCUGGGCUGGCUGGGUGCCAUCCUCAGUUGUGCACUCCCCAUGUGGAGGGUGACAGCCUUCAUCGGCAGCAACAUCGUCACGGCCCAGACCAGUUGGGAGGGCCUGUGGAUGAACUGUGUGGUGCAGAGCACCGGUCAGAUGCAGUGCAAGGUGUACGACUCGCUGCUAGCCCUGCCUCAGGACCUACAGGCUGCCCGAGCGCUCAUAGUCAUCUGCAUCAUCGUGGCUGCGUUGGGGAUGCUUCUGUCUGUGGUUGGGGGCAAGUGUACCAACUGCAUGGAGGACGAGACCACCAAGGCCAAGACCAUGAUCGUGGCCGGCGCUGUGUUAUGUGUGGCUGGCUUGCUGGCCAUGGUGCCCGUGUCCUGGACGGCGCACAAUGUCAUCCGAGAUUUCUACAAUCCUCUGGUGGCUGCUGGGCAGAAAAGGGAGAUGGGCGCUUCUCUCUACAUUGGCUGGGCUGCCUCUGGGCUGUUGCUCUUGGGAGGAGCCCUGCUGUGCUGCAACUGCCCACCCCGCUCUAACGACAAGCCCUACUCGGCCAAGUACUCUGCAGCUCGCUCUGCACCUGCCAGCAACUAUGUGUAAGGUGGGCCACUCUGCUCUGCCAUCGUUCAUUGCCUUUGAUUUUUUUUUUUUUCCUCUUGGACUGAGCUCACAGCCGGUGACCCCUUAUAUUCCCCAGGACUGUCCUGUCAUGGGCCAUUGGCUACUGGAGGGAUGGACAAGCAGGAAUUAAAAGCCAUGCUACAGGCCAGCAGCCCUGGGGAAACCAUCUCCCACACUUUAUCCCACAAGGAUGGAUGUAAACAGACUCUCAUGCUGCCUGCCUACCUCCAAGUUGUUCAGGGAUAUCGGGCUGAAGGGAGAAGCAGCCAGGUAUGGCAGUGGAGAGGGGAGCUGGCUCUAGCCAGCCGGGAGAGGUCAGAUCCUGGGUGAGUGCCCUACCCAUGCUGGCACCUCUGACUGGUCUCCUCACUCUCUCUGCCCACAUCUGUUACUCCAGCCCCUCUCUUGCCAUCAUGUUCUGUGUACCUGGACACACCUGGUCCUCCCUGGAGUCACUGUGAUCGAUGAUGACCAGGUGGGCCAUCAGAAUUGCUUGUUUGGGCUCCACCAGGGAAUCACUGUGAUUGACAAUGGCUGCCCACCCACCUGCGCUUGGAAUGGAGCUCUGAGAGAGUGGAAGGACGGGUUUGAGGGAAGGGUGGAGGUGGAUCAAACUGGUUUGGGGAGUGCAGGGUCUGGCGACGGAGAAGCAGUCCAGGCUGUCCCCACCCCGUUUCCGGUCUGGUCUUGCUAAUACCUGGCUUUAGGACUCUCCCCAACCCCCCAUUGAGAAGAAGCCUGAGCCCCUUGAGGCCUGUACCUCUGAAUUCCCUACCUUUUUUCUGGGGGCAUUGGCCAGCCUGCCAAAGGUUUAGGGAGUGAUGGCUUGGCACGGGGAGACUUGGGGCUCCCUCUGCCCUGUCUUCUCUCUGGACACUUGUUUUGUAAGUUAAGCAAAUCUGUUCACUGCUAUAAUUAUUAUUUUCUACAAUAAAUGGCACCUGUGUACAGGAA